UAUUCGUCUAAUUAGUCAUCAUUCCAUUAUAUAAUGAUCAGAAACAUAAUUCUUACCUACUCUUUACUUUCCAUAUUUUCCUAUCUUCGAAAACUAAUAUGAAUCAACUAGAUAAUAAACAACAAGCAGACGCUUGUGGUGAAAAAAUUCAAGAAUCUUCUCCUUUUAGGGUAGAAUGUGAUGAUGGUGAUGUAUUUGUUUGUAUAAUUGAUUCUGCUUUGAAAGAAACUUUGAGAAAAUAUUUGAAAGUAGAGGAUUUGUAUGAACUCAAACCCAAGAUAUCAUUACACGCAUUAUUUCUUGCCUUACCUGAACUUCAAAAUGCCGUUGGAAGAAAUAAUGAUGCCAACAAGACCAAAAAAUCCUCCAUGAUUAUUGACACUGAUGACGAUUAUGAUAAUGAUUACGAUGAACUUUAUGCAUCUAAUGAUGAUUCGUGUAAAAAUGUCCAUUUAGAGUCAUUGGUUGAUUUGAUUGAAGUCGAAUAUAAAUCUCGAGUUGGUGAAAUCAAAGAAAUGAUUAAAAAUAAUGUUAUCUCAUUCAAAAAUCUAUUCUAUUUGUUUACGAAAGGACAACAUGUACGUGCUAUAUGGAAUGAUUGUGUAGUUGGAGCAAAAGUAGUCAAAGUAACGUAUCAAAAAUAUUAUAUGGAUCAUGAAUACAUGAUGAUUAAUGCCCAAAUAAUUGAUUCAGUCCUAUAAUGCUUAGGAAAAAUGAUACCCUAAUUCUAACUUGAUCUUAACUCUAGCUGUCAUAGCUACAGUAUGUCACCAUGGCGUCAAACUCUAAUUUUCUAUUUAAAGUAUAAUUAAAAAUCUUGCGUUUGAUCUUUGUUUUAGAUGGUGUCACUUUUGUUCAUGGAAUAA